CUCUCUCUCUCUCUCUCUUAUUCCCUUUCUUCGUAAUUUCUUCCUCGCUGAGAGUGCUGAACAUGGCGGGCAGACGGCUCCGGGGCGACUCCGACGAGAGCCCACCGGAGCAGUCGGAAGAAAAGAGGAUGAGGCGUCUGCCUUCCUUCUCAACAGUGACAGAAGAAGCUGCGGUAGCAAACAAGUUGCAGACUGUGCGCUGCGCAUUGGAGCCACUGCUUCGCAGAGUGGUCCGAGAAGAAGUGGAGAGAAUACUCAUCCACAGCACACGUUUAUCUCAGAGCUGUUUCCCAAAGCAUAAUGAAGCUGCAGAGCCAUCAAGCCUGAAACUCAUCUUCGUGAACCAGCCAUCACGGCCCAUCUUCACUGGAGGCAGAAUUGAAGACACCGAAAACAAUCCACUGCAGAUCCUCGUUGUCGAUACGAAGAAGAGCGUGGGAGUUCCUCCGUCCUCCUUACUCCCAUCACCUCUCAGAGUAGAACUCGUAGCACUGGAUGGAGACUUUGUUUCCGGGGAUGAGGACGACUGGACCAGCCAUGAGUUCCAAAGCAAGAUAGUGAGAGAGAGAGCCGGGAAGAGGCCACUGCUCGUUGGAGAUGUUAAUGUCACGCUAACAGAUGGAGUCGUGCUCAUACCCGAGCUAUGCUUCACUGAUAAUUCUAGCUGGACGAAGAGUGGCAAGUUCAAGAUCGGUGCAAGAACUGUGCCCGGGAGCUACACCGGACCAAGGAUUAGAGAAGCCAUGACGGAGCCUUUCAAGGUUAAGGAUCACAGAGGAGAAUCAUACAAGAAGCAUCAUCCACCAGCUCUGGGCGACGAGGUAUGGCGGCUGGAGAAGAUCAGCAAGGACGGCGUGUUCCACAGGAAGCUCGCCGCCAACAACAUCAACACGGUGCAGGACUUCUUGAAGCUGUGGCACGUCGACCCGGAUCGCCUUCGCCAGAUUCUGGGAAAGGGGAUGUCGGACCGGACGUGGGAGGCGACCAUCGGGCACGCGAAGGAGUGCGUCGUGGGCGACAAGCUCUACCUGCGCCGCAGCCCCAAGUGCGACCUCCUCCUGAACCCAGUCUGCGAGGUGGUGGCCGUCGUUGCAGGCACCGCCGCGUUCGCCCCGCAGCAGUUCAACAGAGCUGCUGACAGAGCUUACAUACACCAAUUAGCGCGAGAAGCGUACGCAAACUGGGAUCAUUUGGAAGAGUACGAAGGAUCAUCUCAUGCGACCAGUAUGCCUCAGCAACAAAGUUUGGUAAUAUGAGUAGUACCUUGGAAUUAAGA